AUAAUAACGAUUUUUGGCAGCUUGCUUGAUCGGCCGGUCAUCAGACGUGAUUUUGAGCACAAAUACCUCAUCUUGCUUGAACUUCUACAGGAGGAAAUUGAGGCUGCUAAGAAAAUCUAUGAUCAGCAUAUCGAGGCCAGACAUGAGACGGAGCAUGUAUGCGGUCUUGGAUUUCGAUUAGGAAAAAUGCCUUAUACUGAUCCUUUGUGUCAUUCCACUCUUCUCAUUUGGACACAUGCUCUCCCAAUGAGCAUGGAAGCCCUCUAUAAUGAUAGCCCUUCAAUCUCUGCCUACAACUACGUGGAGCUACGCUUUAUAAUUGGAGUGAAGAUGCAACCUGUCUGA